AUGUCACAAGCUCCCUGGCAAGAUAUUGCUCGCCGAAAGCGCGCUGAACGCGACUCCAAAAUACCUGCCGAAUGGCGAAUAUCUCCAACGUCUGAGAUUGGCAGGCCGAUAGACUUUCUCCCUCGCUGCGGAAUCCUCACAGAACGCGACUUGGCCCUCACCGACCCGACUCAUGAUGCUACCGACUUGCUCUCCCAGCUAUCUUCCGGAAAAGUUACCGCUGAAGAUAUCGUUCGGGCAUUCUGCAAGAGAGCUGCCGUCGCACAGCAACUGACGAAUUGUCUCACUGAAAUCAUGUUUUCAGAGGCCAUUGACCGCGCAAAAUGGCUGGAUGCCGAGUACCAGAGACGCGGAAAGCAGCCUGUUGGGCCUCUCCAUGGCCUGCCAAUCAGCAUAAAAGACAUGUUUCACAUCAAGGGCUACGACAGCUCUAUUGGUACGGCAAGCCUGUGUUUCCGACCGGCCAAAACGACAAGCCAGGCAGUCCAGAUUCUUCUCGACGCUGGCUGCGUCAUCAUCGCCAAAACAACAGUUCCACAGACGGUGCUUACUGCAGACACGGACUCGAUUGUCUUUGGACGCACCAUUAAUCCAUACAACGCUGAAUUUACGGCCGGAGGAUCUUCUGGCGGUGAGGGCGCGUUGAUUGCUAUGGGAGGCUCUGCCUUGGGCCUGGGAUCGGAUGGAGGCGGAAGCGUUCGGAUUCCGGCUGCCGCAUGCGGCGUUGUUGGAUACAAGCCCAGUGCUUACAGGAUACCGAUUGACGGCCAGAGAAUCAUUGGAAAGGGCGUCUUUGGCAUAACAGCGCUUAUUUCGCCCAUGGUGAGUGGCUUCCUGGCGAGAUCGGUAAGAGACGCAAGGCUGGCAGCCAAAGUGGUGUCGGACGCAAAGCCAUGGGAUAGUAGCCCUUUUAUAUACCCGCACCCAUGGAUGGGGUUUUCGUGUCCCAGCAAGCCCCGAAUUGGUGUGUGGCUCAAGGUAGACGAUUUGCAUUUCCAUCCACCUGUUGCACGGGGCCUACGUCUCGCUUACGAUCGACUCAAAAGAGCCGGCUAUGAAGUUGUCGAGCUCGCUCCGCCACCGUUUCAAAAAGCAUCGCGUCUGGGACAACAACUAGCCGAGGUGUUGGAUUUUUCGUAUUUGCGCAAGCUCUUGGAGUCGGAGCCACACACUGAAAUUGUCAAAGCAACAGAGUUAAUCACGCCAAAGUCGGUACCCCCAGAGUUUUCCAUCGAACAUCUACAUGAAAAGAACUAUCAAGUCGCCCGCCUGGCAAUACAAAUGAAGAGAAUGUGGACCGUCGACGACGGUAAAAAGCUAGACGCUAUUUUGUUUGUCACUGCGCCUCACACUGCUCUGCCUUUUGACAAGUUUGUCUGGCUUGGAUUGACGAGUAUAUUCAACAUGAUCGAUUGGUCAAGCAUUUCGAUACCUUUAAACGAAACGGUCGACAGAAGGAUUGAUACUGCGGUUGUACCACCAGAAGAUUACCUCAGUGAGCUAGACGCCUCGAUUCAAAAGCUCUACGACGCUGAAACGUUUCAUGGUUUGCCGCUGGCAGUGCAGCUGAUCGGGCAGAGGUUUGAGGAUGAGAAGCUGUUGGCUGUGGCAGAGGAAAUUGCUCCAAUCUUGGCCAGCAGAGGGCUGUCCAGAUUGUGAUUGCGAGCAUGGAACAGUGGCUGAUGCAACAUCAAUCGCUACAAGAUUCUAUGUGAAUAAAUAUCAAAAUCAUCAUACGUGUGGUUCUUUAGAGUAAAUAACGCCAUGAAUGUUCGUAUUCUC